UUUGGUCUCUCCGGUUGCGCAAUCGCCGCACCAAAAGUCAAUCUAUCCACAAGACUGCUCAUGCAUCCCCUCCCAAAGCCCCCCCAUUCCCUUUAUGGUUUGACAGAGGAAGUUACAAGAAAAAAAAAAGUUGUCAUGCUUCAAAGUCAUUGUUAACCUGCCCAGCCAAUCAUGAUUUUGGACACCACUUUAAAAAAGGAGAGUGUGAGUAUAAAACCGCGCGCCCUAAUCAAGUGAUGCCAAUCAGUGUUCGGACCAUAACCCAAAAACGAGGAUCUCUUGUUCAUUUCAAGGGUGCACCAUGCAUUUCUAUCACAUUGGCUUGACUUUGCUGAUGCUUUUGGCUACAGCCUCCCUGGGCGAGAACCAGCAGCAGCCGCAGUCGUCCGUCUCAGCCGGGCCGCAGGACACCUCGGAGUCCUGCUCCACCUGCGACGUGCGCCAGCACAUCAAAAGUAUGCGCCUGAACGCUAUCAAGUCGCAAAUCCUGAGCAAGCUGCGCAUGAAGGAGGCGCCCAACAUCAGCCGAGACGUGGUCAAGCAACUUCUGCCCCGGGCGCCGCCGCUGCAGCAGCUCCUCGACCAGUACGACGUUCUCGGGGACGACAACCGGGACGCGGUCGUGGAUGACGACGACGAACACGCCGUCACCGAGACCGUCAUGUUGAUGGCAACCGAACCCGAUCUGGCAGUCCAAGCAAACGGUUCGCCCAAAUGCUGCCUGUUCUCGCUGGCGCAGAAGUUCCAAGCCAGUCGAAUCUUACGGGCCCAGCUCUGGGUCCACCUGCGGGCCUCCCAGGAGCCCACCACCGUCUUCCUGCAGAUAUCGCGCCUGACGCCGGACGGUGGGCGGCACACGCGCAUCCGCUCGCUCAAGCUAGAUGUCAAGGCCGGCGCCGGCUCGUGGCAGAGCAUCGACGUCAAGCAAGUGCUGAGCGUGUGGCUGCGGCAACCCGACACCAACUGGGGCAUCCAGAUCAACGCCUACGACGACAGGGGCAACGACUUGGCCGUCACCUCUGCUGAGCCUGGAGAGGAAGGACUGCAACCGUUCAUGGAGGUGAAACUGAGCGAGGCCCCGCGCCGCGCCCGCAGAGACUCCGGCCUGGACUGCGACGAGAAUUCGCCGGAGUCGCGCUGCUGCCGCUACCCUCUCACCGUGGACUUCGAGGACUUCGGUUGGGACUGGAUUAUCGCGCCCAAGCGCUACAAGGCCAACUACUGCUCGGGCGAAUGCGAGUACAUGCACCUGCAAAAGUACCCGCACACCCACCUGGUGAACAAAGCCAAUCCCCGGGGCAACGCGGGACCCUGCUGCACUCCCACUAAGAUGUCGCCUAUCAACAUGCUCUACUUUAACCGCAAAGAACAGAUCAUCUACGGCAAGAUUCCGUCCAUGGUGGUGGACCGUUGCGGCUGCUCUUGAGCCCCCUGAUCGCGGAGAGUCGGCAACUGUAUAGCCAAAAGCUUUCACACGUGGCAACACUGUAGCUUCGUUUCUCUCCUCCGGGAGAAAACGUUGGCCAUUGACAAGCGUUUCCUAACCUUCAUCAGCCGAAACACAUUUUGAUAAAUGUCAUGGCGCGCCAACAGUCAAAAAAUGAGCAAAACAAAAUUUCAAUCCUUAUAAACUGAUACUAUUCAUGAAUUAUCUUGCCGAAAGAUGUAGCUGGUGAAGCUAACAUAGUCUUUAAAAAGCAGAAUUGAAGAUGAUUGAGACGUUCAAAAAUCUUUAGGCAAACUGCGGUAAGCUAAAUUGUUUAUUUCCCAAAAUGCACCACAAACUACGAUCUUAAAAUACUUCAAUAUCCUUUCAAAUUCAUCGGGCUUUAAAUAUAAAAACUGCAAUGGUCACAGCAAUAAUAAUGCUUACUUAGAAACGCUUGUCUCUCAGUCGAGAUGUCCUUAUACUUUCUUGACACCAAUUACUGGAUUCCUAUCUUUACAGGGCUUUAACGCCAUCUUGUGGUAUUUUUUGUUUCUCAGUAAAUACCCGCGGGCAUUAGGCAGGCGUUUACCAAUAACUGAAAUAACGAUCUAGUCUCAAUUUAUUCACAAAUGAACUUGCUUUGACUUCCUCUGUCAAAUGAAUGGCAACAGGUGGAAGCACAUGUUUAUUCUGUACAUUCUGCAUAUCAUACUUCAUGCCUGUUACUAGACUGUACUUCACCGGUAAGAGAUAUUUCAUUCAUAAGAAAUAAGUCAUUUUCCAAAAAUAUUCAGUGAAAUUGGAUGAUUUUCCAUAGUGUGAAGCAGGGUUAGGCAUCGAGCAUCAAUGGGAUUAACACUCCGGCUCUCCCAAAACCGUUCGAAUUUUUAAUUUCGAUUCCAAGUUUCGAUGCCCUGACCGCCGACCGGAAAAAAAUUGCCUAACACCACGAAGAAGAAGCCAAAAGAAGACUACCUCCGUUAUGAGCAAAUCAAACGAAGUGGCUAAUUUAGCUCAGCACAAAAACGUGUUGCUUCGCUUCACAUAAAUGACAACAAAGUAACAGAAUAAACACACCGAAAUGAUAUCACAAACGUGCAAACUUACAGAUUUUAUCAACGGUUCCCAACGAUGUGUAGUACAGAGGAGGAGGGUAUCGUCUGUACACCUCAAGGAUUCUUUUCCAACUGAAAUAAUGUUCUUUUUGCCUGCUGCUUCCAGAAAGUCACCACUAGGGGAAGCAAAGCGCACAUAGCAAAACCCAAGAAAAACUGUACAGUCCGGAGUUACAAUACUGACAUCUUGUGGACAGAUGAACAAUAUAUCCGUUUAGAAAGAAAUCAAACUUAAAAAGUAGUCAACUUAAGAUCAAGGGACAGAACACUCCCCGCCUGUCAGCCCUGAACUAACUUGUAGAAACACCACCUAAAACAAACGAUGCAAUACAAUAAAUGCCUGCGGCAUAAGACACUCUAAAACAUAGGCAAAAGAAUAUGUAAAUGUUUUCUCCGUGAGCUUUUGAAAAAUAAACUAAAAUUAGAGCUGUCCCGAUCCAUCGGCAUCCCGAUCGGUCUGAUCACGUCAUUUUCAAAGUAACGGAAUCGGCAAAAAAAUAUCGGACAUGCCUUUUAAAAAAAAUAUAUAUAUAUAUAUAUAUAUAUAUAUAUAUAUAUAUAUUUUUUUUUUUUUAAUUAAAUCGUUUUCUAAUUGUUUUUAACGUUACAGACAAAAUGUCUUACAAUCAUCCAAAGUCUUUAAUUUUGGCUUAAAGUGGGGCUGUCAAAUUUAUCGCGUCAACGGUGGUAAUAACAUUGAAAUAUUUAACGCAAUUAACGCAUGCGCUGCACUACCCACUCACGCACUGACGCGUUCAAUCUGUAAUGGCACCGUAUUACGUAUACAUAGAGCUAAAAGGCAACGUAAAAUGAGUAAAGAGAAUUUUGGCAGCCUUUGAAGCCUUUUUUUAAUUGGCUAAAGCCUUACAAUCACUCUCUCAACGAUCAGAAAUACUGUGGGAAGCAAUGUGGGGAAGAAAGGUAGUAGUUGAUCUUUUUCUUAACACCCUAUUUUAUUUCCCAACGCUGAGAAGAUAUAUCAAUUGGUACCAUUACGCACAGUUAUGGUUCCUCUUCCCAUCAUGCAUUUGGGCAUGGCUACAGUAUCAUUUACUGAAAGCUCAACAAAUACACUAGUUGGCAAUAUUUAGUCACAAUAUACAAAGUCACAUUUGUCCUUUAAGAAUUACAAGUCUUUCUAUCCGUGGAUCCCUCUCACAGAAAGAAUGUUAAUAAUGUAAAUGGCAUCUUGAGGAUUUAUUGUCAUAAUAAACAAAUACAGUACUUAUGUACUGUAUGUUGAAUGUAUAUAUUCGUCCGAGUUUUAUUCAUUUUUUUCUUAAUGCAUUGCCAAAAUGUAUAUGAUCGGGAAAAAUUAUCGGGAAUGAUUGGAAUUGAAUCGGGAGCAAAAAAAAAAGCAAUCAGAUCGGGAAAUAUCGGGAUCGGCAGAUACUCAAACUAAAACGAUCGGGAUCAGAUCGGGAGCAAAAAAACAUGAUCGGAACAACCCUAACCAAAAUGUUUGUAAAAUUGCACUCCUGUGGAAAGAAACCUCAUGAGAUUGAAGUUGAAGGACUGAUACUUAUAUACAUGUUAAAAAUAGCCCUGCGAUACAUUCAUAGCAAAGUUAAAAGAAUCGGAAUCAAGAAUCGUAUGGAACCGGAAUCGAAACCUGGAAUCGGAACCGUUCAAAUUCAAACGAUGCCCAACCCGAGUGUGAAGGUUGCGAAUCAUUGCCUUAAAAGCUUUCAAGGUGCUAUGAAAUCGUGACUAUGUCAAAAAAUGAAAAUGACUACACUAAUGUCAUUUUACAUGUAGAAAACAAAUUUGGCACUCAAUUUUUUUUUUGUACCUUUUCAAAGUUAUUUCACCCAAAACAAUGCUUGAGAGAACACCCACUGUUUUGUUGUGACAACCAGAAAUGAUGAUCAUGUCUUGCUUUCAAGCGCUGUGCUAGCUAGUACAUGUUGACAGAAUGGUCACACGGUAACAAGAGAAUAGAAAGCAUGCUAGCAGACUGUGAAAAUCUGCAGCUCAUUCUGAGUGAGACGUCUUUUGUUUGGAGAUUUUUUAGUGGGUGGGGCCAAGUAAACUGAGAAAGGAAGACUUCAUUACUAAGGCUUUUCUGUCACUUUUUUUGGAUGGAUUUGUGUUAGUAAUUCUGCCUAUAUCGUAUUAUAUACAGUGGGGCAAAUAAGUAUUUAGUAAACCACUAAUUGUGCAAGUUCUCCCACUUGAAAAUAUAAGGGAGGCCUGUAAUUGUCAACAUGGGUAAACCUCAACAAUGAGAGACAGAAUGUGGGGAAAAAAAACCCAGAAAAUCACAUUGUUUGAUUUUUAAAGAAUUUAUUUGCAAAUCAUGGUGGAAAAUAAGUAUUUGGUCAAUACCAAAAGUUCAUCUCAAUACUUUGUUGGCAAUAACGGAGGCCAAACGUUUUCUGUAACUCUUCACAAGCUUUUCACACACUGUUGCUGGUAUUUCGGCCCAUUCCUCCAUGCAGAUCUCCACUAGAGCAGUGAUGUUUUGGGGCUGUCGUUGGGCAACACGGACUUUCAACUCCCUCCACAGAUUUUUUAUGGGGUUGAAAUCUGGAAACUGGCUAGGCCAUUACAGGACCUUGAAAUGCUUCUUACGAAGCCACUCCUUUGUUGCCCUGGCUGUGUGUUUGGGAUCAUUGUCAUGCUGAAAGACCCAGCCAAGUCUCAUCUUCAAUGCCCUUGCUGAUGGAAGGAGAUUUUCACUCAAAAUCUCUCGAUACAUGGCACCAUUUAUUCUUUCCUUUACACAGAUCACUUGUCCUGGUCCCUUUGCAGAAAAACAGCCCCAAAGCAUGAUGUUUCCACCCCCAUGCUUCACAGUGGGUAUGGUGUUAUUCGGAUGCAAUUCAGAAUUCUUUCUCCUCCAAACACGAGAACCUGUGUUUCUACUGAAAAGUUCUAUUUUGUUUUCAUCUGACCAUAACACAUAUUCCCAGUCUUCUUCUGGAUCAUCCAAAUGCUCUCUAGCGAAACACAGACGGGCCUGAACGUGUACUGACUUCAGCAGGGGGACACGUCUGGCAGUGCAGGAUUUGAGUCCCUGGCGGCGCAUUAUGUAACUGAUAGAAGCCUUUGUUACUAUGGUCCCAGCUCUCUUUAGAUCAUUCACUAGGUCCCUCCGUGUCGUUCUGGGAUUUUUGCUCACCGUUCUUGUUAUCAUUUUGACGCCACGGGGUGAGAUCUUGCAUGGAGCCCCAGAUCGAGGGAGAUUAUCAGUGGUCUUGUAUGUCUUUCAUUUUCUAAUAAUUGCUCCCACAGUUGAUUUCUUAACACCAAGCGUUUUACCUAUCGCAGAUUCAGUUUUUCCGGCCUGGUGCAGGUGUACAAUUUUGUCUCUGGUGUCCUUCGACAGCUCUUUGGUCUUGGCCAGAGUGGAGUUUGGAGUGUGACUGAUUGAGGUUGUGGACAGGUGUCUUUUAUAGUGAUAAUGAGUUAAAACAGGUGCCAUUAAUACAGGUAACGAGUGGAGCCUCGUUAGACCUCGUUAGAAGUUAGACUUCUUUGACAGGCCAGAAAUCUUGCUUGUUUGUAAGUGACCAAAUACUUAUUUACCUCUCUAAUUUGGAAAUGAAUUCUUUAAAAAUCCAACAAUGUGAUUUUCUGUUUUUUUUUUUUUCCCACAUUCUGUCUCUCAUGGUUGAGGUUUAUCCAUGUAGACAAUUACAGGCCUCUCUAAUCUUUUCAAGUAGGAGAACUUGCACAAUUGGUGGUUGACUAAAUACUUCUUUCCCCCACGGUAUGGUCUCCUAUAAUUUAAAAGUAAUUUGCUGUAGUAUUUCAUAGCACCUUUAAUGGCAGAUUGAUGCAGGGACAACAAAUGAAUGUAGACAGAAAGGAUAAGCUUUUUUUUUUUUUUUUUUUUAACUCAACAUUCUUUGUUGUUUGAUAUGAUUAAAAACACAGAGGUAGAAUACACUGUGUUCCAAAUUAUUAGGCAAAACGACAACAACAAUUAAGUUGUGAAGUCCUUUUACACUUUCGCGCAUUUAACUCGUAAGUGCUCUGUCUGAAAGUAGUUGUAUAUUUUUCACGAGAAAAGUCAUUCUGAUAUUAACUUUUAAUGAGGGGAAUAUAACUUUGGUCAUUCUAAAAAUAAGACCUUUGUUUUGUUUUUAAAAAUGAUUACAUUGUUGAAAAAAAAAUGCAUUUCUUACUCAUGAAAAUGUUGAUAACUUGGCUGCCAAUGCAUAAUCAUAUGGAACACAGUACUGCACAUUCAAAAAAAUCCAAUGGAUGGACUCCAAAUAUGGUAAAAGAAUUCAAGAGAUGCUCAUUCAAAUGACACGGACAGGAUAAAAAGAACUUGAAGGCACAAAGAAUGCAGCGUUGAAGACAAAAGUUGAUUGUGAAGAUUGUAUGAAUGUUGACAUCAUACAGUUACCUAUCGUCUGUACAAUGCAGUUUGCACUAUGGCACGCCAAUGGAAAUAAUUGGUGGCUACUAAAGCUGUAAAAACUGAUUUUGAUAUGUUUCUAUUGUAUAAUUCUUUUUCUUAACUGCUUUUGGUACACAUGAAUAAAACUGCAACUUAGGAUAACAGAUGUAAUGCAGCAACUCUAUAUACUGUCCCUAUUUUACCAAAUAAAGU